CACGAGAACUUGUUACUUGUCUUGUCAUCGUCAUAGCGGUUUUUACCGUUGCCCGGUGAAGUCGCGUCGCUGAUGAAUUCUUAUCUCUAUAUAACUUUAAAACAAGAAAGAUGUCAUUCCUACCUGUUCUCCGUAUCAUCUGGUAUAUCGCUGUGAUAGCCAUGCACGUCAGUAACAUAUUCUACAUGAGGUGGUUCCGGUCCUCAAGGCCGGUAGACCCUAAGGACAACCAUUUGGAGAACUUCCGAGACUUGGAGUACAGGUUCUUCACGUCUUGGACCUUUAUACUACAAAUAAUUUACUCAUUCUACGGGCUGGGGUGCGACCUCUUUAUUUUGAAGAACUCGAAGAAGAAAGACUACAGUCUGCCGACGCCUGUGAGUGACUUCAGGGAGAUCCUGUUUUCUGGACUAAUGUGGCCCUGUUCUAUGGUCGUUGCCUCAAUAUUCUGGGGUCUAUACGCCUAUGACAGAGACCUUAUCUUCCCGAAGUUUCUGGACAACAUUAUACCCCCUAUCUCUAACCACGUGAUUCACACUAUGAUAGUACCAGUGGUACUAUUUGAGGUUGCGUUCAGGCCGAGAUUCGAACCUGAGACCCAUGCGAGAAACGUCAUGCAGUUGACUAUGCACCUGUGUGUUUAUCUUAGUGUAUUAUACUUCACUUACAUAGAAAAGGGAAUAUGGUUAUACCCUAUUUUUAAGAAACUUUUCGGGACAAUAUACUUCGGUGUUGCCAUACUAGCAGCAGCAGUGUUGUUCUACACGUUUUAUUAUAUACAAUGGCCGCUGACUCGCCUGAUACAUGGUUCGAAGAAAAAUUUACAAAAUAAAAAAGCGAAAUUGGAGAAAAAGCUUAAAUAAUAGAGGAAGAAAUGUUAGGAAAAUGUUAUAGUAAUUUAAUUAAGUUUGAAAAGUAAAGUAUGGUGAUUAAGAGUAAAUUUUUACGAGAUAUUGAAACAUUGUUGUUUUAGUUUGGCUGAAAAGCUCAUUUUUGGAAGUCGUACCGAAAUUUAAAAAAACGUAUCCCUAUUACGAAGACUCCGCUGUCUGUACGUCUGUCACCAGGCUGCAUCACAUGAACCGUGAUAGCUGAAAAUUUUAUUAUAAAGGGUACGAGAGACUCGUAGUUUGAAACAAACAUGUAA